AUGCCACCAUCCCGUUCAUCAUCUCGUUCAUCAUCUCCUUCCCAUAAAUUACCAAUUUCACAAACCCAAUCGCAAUGUUCUCAAGUAAAAAGUUUUUCUGAUGAAGAAUCGUCAUCAUCUUCUCAAUCAGAAAAAAAAAC